UCAACCCGGGGCCGGCUCGUUAAGAACGUCCACUGUGUCCACCGGUCACAACACCACGCUCCGCGGUCCUCGCUGACGGGACGACGAAGCGAUCCGUCGACUAGCAAUUCCUUCGCAGGCGUAACAGCAGGUCUCAGUCGUCCGGUUACUAGGUGCUGUCCUCCUUUGACAAGCGCGAGACUCUCUGGUAACAGAUCGCCGUCAUCGGCCAGGACGCGUCCGUCAAUUUGAUAUUUCGCAGAGAGUUCAGCCCAAAUGGACUGACUUCGCCCAGGAACAUAUUCUAGGCGCUACUGUUCGCACAGAUAGAAGCAGAAAGCUCAGCACCUGAACAUCACAGACGGAUCGCAUUCGGAAUAUACGUGGUGCUUGUUUUCGCCUGCUCGAGAAAAACCUGUUAAUCCAGACUGUGAGCGCCCUUCAGACGACGAGGACCUCUGAUUCACUUAACGCAGGGACCGAGACACAGGGCGAGUUCUCCUCCUGGUGGUUGCCUGCUGUGAUGACGCACUGACUUUGCCGGCGCCGUAGACUAUCUGCAGCGACUGAGCUGCUACUGUCGCUUAGACUGGCCGUCGUCGCGGUGCCUCUGGUGGGGGAGAUGUGUGGAGCGGCGCCGGCGCGGCGCGGCCGCCUGCUGCUCGUGGCGCUGCUGCUGCUGGCGGCGUCGACGUGUGCGUCAGCGCGGCGCAAGUCUGGCGGCGGGCACCGACACGCCGCCCCCAGGACCACCACGCCCGCGCCAGAGGUCGACAUCUGCGACAUCCAGGAGCCCGGGUCGCCGGUGUUCUGCUACUGCAAGAGCGGCGAGACCGGACAGGUGGCGUCCGCCACGUGCCUGGUGUUCUCGACGCCUCCAGACGAUGAGGCGGCGUGGUCAGCGUUCCAGUCGCAGCCCGGAAUCCGCACGCUCAGUCUCAACGUCCGCGGUGACGGAAAGCUCACCAGGAUGCCAACCAGGUUGUUCGCAAAUCUGCCACAGCUGGAGGUGCUGUCGCUCCAGUACGCCAGCAUCAACCGCGUGACGCCGUACGCGCUGGCCAACAGCUCCAGCCUGAGGGAGGCGUCGCUUUCCAGGAACCAGUUCGUCAAGUUGGCGCCGCGAGCCUUCCACUCCCUCCCUAGGCUGGAAUCCCUGUAUCUCAGCGAGAACCGCAUCCAGGAGCUCCACCGUGACGUGUUCGUGGACCUGCCGUCACUGCGGGUGCUGGCGCUGGACCGCAACAACCUGAGCGUGCUGCACGAGCGCGCCUUCUCGCAGCUGCCGGCGCUGCAGGAGCUGGACCUGCACGGCAACCAGCUGCCGGCGGUGACGCGCGCCACCUGGGCCGGGCUGGGCGCGCUGCGCCGGCUCGACCUCAGCGGCAACCGGCUGGGCGCCGUCGCCGACGGCACCUUCCAGCUGCUGGGCGCGCUGCACGAGCUCGAGCUCGCCGAGAACGACGUCGAGUGGGUGGGCGCGCGCGCCUUCCAGGGGCUGCGCGCGCUGCGCCGGCUCUCGCUGCGCGACAACCAGCUGGCGCAGCUGCCGGGCGGCCAGCUGCUGGCCAGCGCGGCCGCGCUGCGCGUGCUCGACCUGCGCGACAACGAGCUCACCACGCUGCACGAGGACACCGUCCGGCCCGUGCUCGAGACCAUGACAAACGCCAGCGCCUACCUCUACCUCGAAGGUAACAAUCUGCAGUGCGACUGCCGGCUGUCCUGGAUGUACACGCUGCGUAACCAGACGGAGAGCAAGCAGGUGCGGAACUCCCUGGAGGAGCUGACGUGCGUGCUGCAGGAGGACGUCAAGGGGCCCGCCGAGGGCGGCGACGACGACGACGACGUCGACGACGAAGACGACGGCGGCGAGGAGGGCGAGGGCGGCCGCGGACGGAUGGCCAACGAUGUGGGCAGGUUCGGCAGCGUUCAAGGCCAGCAGCAGCACCUGCGCCACGGCGCUGAACACCGGCGACAUCCGCAGCCUCUGCCGGCCCAGGAGCUCCCGCUGGACUACGUGGCGGAGGACGUGGCGGCCGACAUGGAGGACGGCGUGGCCAACAACCACAGCGCCCCGGUGCUCCGCCACCUGCUGCAGAUACCCGUGGAGCGCCUGCCCUGUCCGGAGGCCGUGUCCAGGCACCACGGCGGGGACCACGUCGCGGGGGCCGAGCUGUCGGCCGACAUGUCGCAGCGGCAGCGCCUGCCCGGGGGCGAGCUGGCGCCGGGGGCGGAGGACGCCGCGGACGGGCCCUCUGCCGGGGGGCGGCCGACCGCGGGGGCGGCAGCGGCCCUCCUCUUCCCCGCCCUGGUGCUCGCCGCUUCGCUGCCCGUCGCGUGAUCUGCAGCAACCCCCCACCCGCUCCACUGAGUCCGCCGCGCUCCGCACGGAACCCUCGAGUGACACGGACUGGCGGCAAACGGACAGUCCCGCGACAGGACAGUCAGAGGUUUCCCCGGGGGCACGUCUCGUAUUUCUACUUGCACUCGCCAGGUGCUACGAUGAAUCGAUACAAAAAUCUCUCUAUACUGUAUUUCUUAGACGCAGCCUUCUCCUGUUCGAGAUCGCCGUUUGCUCGGAAGCGACUGAAGCAUUUCUUCAAUUGAACGCUCCUCUCCUCUUCUCUGUAUAGACGUUUUAAAACCCAUAAAUGUGGCCGAUAACUGUGCCACAAAUAGAAUAAUAUAAUACAUACAAUUUGAUCGACUCCAUCAUUACAAACGCAACCUGUAUACAACAAUGUAUAUUAAAAUACAGUAUUGGUGACAAGAUACAGGCAUCACUGAAGCAUUCAGUACGUGUCGUUAUGGAAAUUACGCUACACACGAUGAUGUUUGGUCUACGAUGGACAUGAUGCAGACAUUUAUCAAUAAUUUCUGAGCAGCAAGUGAAAUAUUUCUGAAGCUCUCCACUUAUUUUUCUUGUAAAAAUAUGUUUUUCUUUGUUUUGACUAGAUAUAGUUUAAAAAAAUUUAAAAAAAACUGGGUAACAUACUAGACUUAAUCUGGUCAAGUACACACAAGCACAGCGCUUGUUUUCAAGAUCGCAUAAUGAAAUACAAUACUGCCAUCCAUGAUAUUUGCAGGCCAGAAGCUCAAUAUUUGUCCAAUAAGGGUAUUAAGUCCUGCAUCACGAUGUUUCGUCUAUAGUCGACUGUGUGGUGUUCCAAACUCACAGUAAAUAUUUAGAAGGAAGUGUUACAUUUGGUUGACAGCAGUGUCAAGGGCAGAGCUCUGUAACAGACAGCACUUGAUUAACCACACUUGUACAGCACAAUACAAUGAAAUACAAUACUGCUAUCAAUACUGUUAGCAGGAGACAAUUAUCUCUGGUGCAUGAAAUGCUUGUCCCAUAAUAGAAUUAAAUUACACGCCGAGAUUUUUUCUCUGCAGUCGAUAUCAGAGAAAUCUGUCGAUAAACAGUACACUAUCGAAAGCAUGUGUAAUAUUUCUUAAAUUACUCCUUCCUCUAAAAAAAAGGUAUUUCAUUUCACUGCCGCUAGAAAUGGUCAGCAGUAAUGGAAAGAACUAAAUAGUAUACUAGACAAAAUUUGACCAACAUGUAUGAACAUUGCAUGGAACACCAUACUUUCGAUAUACCCAUUACAAUGAUAAAAUUCCAACAGAUCUUAAGAUCCAAUAUUUACUCAAUACAGUGACUCAGUGACACCCUAAAUGUCUUGUCUGCAGCCAACAGGACCCAAGUAUUUGUAGACAAACAUUAAACAUUACCGUGUAAAUCAGCAGAAAUGCAGAACAUGAGCCUGAUAUUUGAUAUUAUUUGUAAUUUAACCAUAAUCUCUACCAGACUGAAAUAUUAAAUGAUUAAAAACCUUUUUUAGCUAGCAUUUUCCAAUCGAAAUAAUUUUUGGUGUUAAUGUAAUAACGAUUCGAAAUUUAAAAGGAACUUAAUCAGUUUUAAAUUUUAAUGUGAAUACUUUUUACAAGUGUUUAUCAUUGAUUUGCAUACCAUACCAGACGAUUUUGAUGCAUGCCUGUAAUCAAAUAUUAUCAUAUGACAACAAUAAUGAAGCAGCUGAUAACGGUCGUGUGGUGAAAAGAGAUGGCACUGUAUAAUAAAUCGAAAUAACUGAAGCUGGUUCAGUCUGUUGACCUGAACAUGAGGAAGCAAAUCAAUUAAACUGCAGUGAUCAUACCACUGUAUUUAUGAACACUGAAUACAAAAUGUUUAUCACUUACAAUUUCAGUGAUUUCUAGAAAACUGUCUUCUUAUGUUAUUUUGGAUCACAAAGUUCUCAAUCUCUUUUUUUAUUACUUAUGAGGCAGAACACAACAAAAUGGCCUUCAUCGAAAUGAAACUAUUGUCUGUACCUUUCGUUUGUCUGAGUGACCUUUACACACUACAAUUCCUCUCCACUUCCUUAUAUGAACGGGAUUCGCAGCUACACCACUUUCUCUCAGCAAGUAUGCUAUCCAUCCAUAGAGCUAGAAGCUUGCUUUCAGUUGAAACCUACCUUUCUUCCAAGAAGAAAGACCACAGAACAAACGAAUUCACCGAAAAUUCUACUCAUUGAGUCAAACUCGUGGAAAAGAGACAUGCGAGUUUAAUGUCAUGUCGGAAAUAAGAUCAUUUGAUACCCGAGAAGUUACUGUCCCUCUCCUGCAGCAUGACAUAUUAAAACUAGUUUAGUCUCUACCAUUCCUGUUCUCCACUGAACACUGAAAUUUUACUCUAGUGAGAUUCUGUGAAUAGAACAACAAGAUUAUUCCUUUUUCUCUAUCAUCAGCACAUUCAUGAUACUAGCAACAAAUUACAAAGACAGUAGAAUAUGUUAAUGAAAGUAAAGAUUUUUGAAAUUCUAUCCAUGAAAAGAAUCUACAUCACUAAUUUGUAUCGUACCAAGUCCACUGUUCCUAAAGACUUUCCUUGUUCCAAAAUAUCAGUGCGAGUUGUUCGAUAAUUUAGAUAAUAUCAGAAGACUAAACUACAUCUACGCUCUCUAAAAAAGAUCAGCUGCGAAGAUCUUUACAUUAACAUAAUAGCUUUGAAAUUCACAGAGUAAAAGUUUAUACUGACUUUAACGUUUGAAAAAACAAAGGCAACUGCCGUCGUUUAAAAUUCGUCAUUUUUCUUCUGUACCAUAUUUUUCAAACUGCUUUGAUUAUGUGCUGUAGAAAAGCACUGCAGUUUCAAAACGCAUCCAGCCCUGCAUAACCCAUUAGAAGAUAUAAAAUCAUAAGGACUUUGUUGGAGACUGCAGUAAGUUCUUGGAGAAUAAUAUAACAUCUGAUAAAAUUUGAUAACAUCAAAUUAAACAAGAAAUGACUACAUAUUUCUUGCCAAUCACAUACAUUUACUAGAAAAUUUCUUGGAAGUAGCCUGGAAUAUGAGAAUGUUUAAAUAUAAUACGCGUAUUAUGCUUGUCAUCUAUGAUGUUACUCGAUAAACUAAAUGGCUUAGUUUCAUUACAUGAUUUCAUAUAAUUUCUUCUUUUCAUCUAGGCACAUUAAUGAAUCAUCUUAAUGAGUUACAUAAUUUGUAUUAUUGUUGUUUUUUUAAAAAAAACAUCAAUAAACCAGCAUAUUCAGAGCCAUGAGAACUUUCCUGUAAAUUAUGGGAUUUCCUGAAGAAGACGCUAAAAGUUGACAUAGUUACAUAUAUUGUAAUUAGCUUGUUUUCAUUAAAUUUAGAAAAUUUAUAGCUCCUGUAUUAAUUUAAAUUAAGAACAGUGGUUCCAUUUUAAACGCUUCAACUGUCAUUUACAGAAAAGGCCUCAGAAGGACUUUGGAACUUAAACACUUACUCAAGCAUAGAAAGGUUAAAAGAAAGCAGUGAAAUUACAUUAGUAGUUUGGGCUGCAUUCAUAGAGCUUUUACAAACAUUGAUGACACUACAUUCAACACCAAAAACAUAGGUACUGACGCUUUGAAUAUUAGUCAGUACAGCAAACAAAAAUGUCAUGACUAUAUAGCGUAACCAGAAUGGAAGACACAAUUUUCACUUGUGACUAUCACAGUACGUUAUGUUACUGGAGUUUUUGAAAUUCUUCCAUAUCUUUUGCUUUUGUAGUACAAUGAGAAAUAAACUUUGUAGUAUGGUCAUUGUUGUAACUAUUGAAAAUGACGCUUUUGUGGUACCAGAUGUACAGUAUUCCAAGGAUUAAAAACUUUGGUUGUUUCCACAAUUAUCUACACACGUGAGUCACAUAUAUUACUAAAGGUAAAAAGAAGCAUUCAAGUAUUCAAGAGAGAAUCUAGAAGGAAGAAUGAGAACAUGGGAAAGGAGAUGGUGUUAAUUUUGUGACACUACUUUUGUGGACCAUCUUCUUUUGGUUAGUUACCAAGUUAUGAUGCCAAAGUCAUUGUGAAACAAAAUGUAAAUAGUUGCUGAAGCGUUGGAGCACAGCAUGGCUCUGCAAUACUUGUAAAAAUGAGUGGGGAAAGAUAAUGUUUGUGACUGUUAUCUCUUUAAGAAACAUUAGGUGUAUAUUAUUCAUAAGCUUGAAGACUUAUUUUAAAAUUAAUGUUAUGUAAUAUAGAGCUCGGAUAUUAUUUUGAAAUGUAUCUGAGUGCGUGGUGUGCUUUGAAAUUAAAGAGUGUUAAAAGACUGUAACAAUCACACAAUCUUUAAGAAUUCUCUAAGUGUAAGUUAUCAAUGUAAUUAAUAAUAGAUCUUAUUGUAAAGCAAGAUAGUGACAUCGCAGUUAACUUCAAAUGUUUUUAAAGCCCCUGAUUUAAUUGUUGUUGAUAAAUUAAAGUAUCAAACCUCCUUUCAGAUCGAAUAUAUUUCAUCCAUGAUCACAUGAGAUGAAUCAUGUCAGAGAAGUUAAAAAGAAAAACAUGUUAAUUUUUCAUCUGUAAUGUGCUUUAUGUAUUAGCAUGGAUGAAUGGUUUUCAUGGGAAUUCAUUUCCAGUUGCUUUUGAAGUUAAGUUCGAUGUACAUUCACAACACUACUAUUUUCAGACGGCUUUAUCUAACAAAAGCAACACAAUCACAGUCUGUUUUUUAACAUAUUCGGCUUUGUAACAGUUUUUCACUGUACCAGAAUUACUGCUUCUCUCUUAUAUUGCAGAUGUCAAAAGUGUUAUGUAAAAAGAUGUUAAUAAAUUCUUUGUAAGUCGAUUUUUAUU